GAUCUUGAGUAUUUUUACCUGCCAAUCAUUUUCAAAUCACAUGUCACGGGGUUCGAGCCGACGAAGGAUUUAUUUUUGGAACAAGGGAAUAUUGUUGCAGGCCAGUAUCUUGUGGAAGGUGAACUUGGAAGCGCGGCUUUCAGUACGGCCUACCGAUGCACUGACUUGAAUUCUGAUCAAGAUAGCGACGGCGAACACGAAGAAGUUUGCCUGAAAGUGAUCAAGAACACAAAGGAUUUUUUUGACCAAUCGUUGGACGAAAUCAAAAUAUUGGAAUUAUUGCGACAGACUGGAAAGUGCAAUGAGAAUCAUCUUAUCGAGAUGAAGACAUUUUUCUACCACAGAGAGCAUCUUAUCAUUGUGACAGAACUUCUUCGACAAAAUCUCUUCGAGUUCGGCAAGUUCAUUAUUGAGGACAACGAAGAGCCGUACUUCACCAUGAAUCGACUUGCCUACAUCACUCGGCAAUGUCUUACUGCUCUACGCUUCGUUCAUAAUCUUGGCCUAGUUCACUCAGAUGUGAAGCCGGAAAAUAUCCUUCUGGCAAGCUACAGCCGCGCGCAGAUUAAGCUGAUCGAUUUUGGAAGUUCAUGCUACCUCACGGAUCGGCAAUCGUCAUAUAUACAAUCGAGGUCCUACCGCGCACCCGAAGUGGUGCUGGGCCUACCCUACGAUGGACGCAUCGACAUUUGGUCGUUGGGCUGUGUUGUUGCUGAAAUGUACACGGGGGAGGUGACCUUCCAGAAUGACUCGAUCGUUUCCAUGUUGAGUCGAAUUGAAGCUAUAUGCGGCGCAUUUCCCUACCAUAUGAUUGUACAGGGACGGCAAAGCGAAAAUUUCUUUACCAAGCGUGGUCUUUUAUUUGAAAGUCUCAGCGAGGAAGAAGAAACAAAUAAUGAUAGCCACCAUUCGGACAAGGGCGAGCAAAACACGCUGUCCAAAGACCUGACUCGACAAGCCAUGUUUGUAGAUUUUGUUCGAAAACUUCUAACGAUCGACCCCGAAGUUCGUCCAACAGCUGGUCAGGCUUUGGAGCACCCUUGGAUGAAAUAUGCUUCAGCA